CCCGGGCCUGGAAGGCACCCGGCUCGGCUCCUUUCGUCUUGGGGCACGGCCACGAGCUAGCAGCCGAUGCCACUGCCUUCCCCGCCCGACCCACUUCCCUCCUCCGACCCGGAGGGAGGCCGCGGCCAGACCCCACCCGGGCGCCGGGCUGCCCGCCGAGCUGGGAGCGGAGCCCGGCCCCCGGGCCUGCGGAGGAGAGGGGGCCAGAGGAGGGCUCGCCGGUCCAGGGAUGGAGGGGAUGGAGGCGGCGGCGGCCAGUCCUGCGGGCGGCGGCGGCCCUCAAGAGCCCGAGACGGGGAACAGAACAGCCAGCUCCACGGAGGUGACCUCUGCUAUGGAAAGAAGUGGCACUGAGCCACCGCCCAAUAAUGGACACCUCCCAAGAGCCUGGCCCUGCCCUUGGGAAGACAGAACACGCAGCCUGGUGGCCCCCCAGCCUCUCAGGGCACGGGGGGUGCCGCUCCAGCAGCCCUCUGUGCUAGAGUCCAAGGUCAGGGCCUUGAAGGAAAACAUGACAGCAGCCAAGCAGGGGGCAAGCCCCUGCCUCUCCGCCCACGAGCGGCCAUCCCCCAAGAAACCCAAAUGCCGCCGAGUCAAGGUGGGUGGAGCCAGGACCCCCUUGCCAGACGCCGUGGCGGUCCUCCAUGCUCGGAACCCACCUGAAGGACAGCUGGACAACGGCGUCAGCGAGGAGCAGCCUGCCAGGAACGGGGGCCCCAGACCUCCCGGGCCACUGGCUCCCGGGCUCGAGAGCUGUAACGGGAGGCGCCCACGGACUCCAGAAACAGUGCGGGCACUGCCUGGCCAUGAAGAGAGGGGUCUGCGGCCCGGGCCCAGCUCUUUGCAAGACAGCCCCACCCACGGAGUCACUCCAGGCGGGCCCAGGGGCCCUAGACCUUGCAACAAAACCCCCCACACACCGGACCCGAAGCCAGAGAGGUCCGUCCCCCUUCGGGACGAUCCAGUCACAGGGGGAGACCUGGACAGCUUGUCUCUGACCUCCGAGGAAGACUUUGUCCCCAGGCCAGCCCCGCUGGGGCGCGUCUGGAGAGCCGGAGACCUGGGGGCUCUGGGCGCUGGGAGCGGCGCCUUGUCCCUGUCCGAACGGGUAGAGAGGAACCGCCUUCUUCUGCAGGAGAUGCUAAAUGUUGGGGGGCCGGCCCCCGACAAGGUGAGAAUCCCAGCCCGGACUCCAUCCUGGGACAGAGCUGGACCAGAGCGACCACCGGGGGACACGGACUGGGACUCGGGCAUCUCCCUGCAGGACGCGGACCAGAGCAGGACCUUUGGACCCCAGCCGGAGCCCGUGCCGAGGAGCCCCAAGCACGAGGAAGCCAAGCACCUGCCGCAGCGUGCCCGCAUGAAGGCCAGGACCCGGCCCCUCCGUGCCAGCCACGAUAUCGUGCCCACCGCCGACCAGGGCCGCCGAGAUGGCGCGAGGGACCCAGCCCUGGACCGGAGCCUGCCCUUUGCCUGCAGAGACAACCUCCAGAACGGAAGCACGAGCGACUCCUCCAGCGGGGAGUCCAGCAGCGGGCAGUGGCCGAAGCGGGGCCCCUCCCCGUCCCACGUCCGCUUUGAGGACGAGUCCGCCCGCGACGCCGAGUCCCGCUACCUGGACCGGCUGCAGCAGCGCCAGCGCCAGGGGCUGAGCCCCGCGCUGCAGACGGCAGACCAAGGCCCCCUGCGCUCCAAGCCCGAACUUGCCGACUACAUCGCGGGGGGCGUCCGGCGUAGGGAUGCUGGAGACGAGGCUCUGCACUGGCUUGUGGGCCACCUGGACCGGAGGGCCUUCCCGGCGCCACCGCCCACUCGGGGCGGUGAGAGGACCUGUCGAGCCUGUGGCAGCUGCAUUGAGGACCGACGCCCUGCCCCGGAGAAGGCAGCCCCGGGCCCCAGGGUGCCCCAGGAGCGCGAGGCUGCCUCUGUGCUGGAGGGCGAGGGGGCAGAGCCCCUGAUAGGCUCUCGGGGCCUGAGCGCCCCCCUCAGGCUCCUCUCCGCGCAGCAGGGCCUCCGCACAGAGCGGAUUCGGGAGACACACAUCGGCUCUGCGCGCCAGGAGGAGGCGGACUCCGCCCUGGACAGCACGGACACCUCGGACAGCUGCAGGACCGACAGCGAGGACGCUGGCACCUCUCAGCCCGGCAGGGCCCGCGGCCCGGCCCAAGGCAGCUGCCCCCGGCCGCGCGGCUCCAGGCCGCGUGGGGGCCACAGGUGCUUCCGGAAGGCUGAGACGGAGGCACAUGGGAGCCCUCGGACCCCGCACUCCCAGCCUGGGGUUGAUCUCCUGGAGGGUUCAGAUGCGGUGAAAGAAGUCAGAGGACACACGCCUGAGGGGACUCUGUUCCCCAGAGAGGACCCUUUGUCCAAGCCUCCUGUGCAGGGACCCGAGAGGGCCUCCCUGGGGCCCCUGGGGCAGCCCGGACCAGAACUGGGAAAUCCUGGGGCUCGCCCUGUGGAUUCCGGGGCUCGGUGCAGGACCGCCUGUGCUGCAGCCUCGUUGGUGAAGCUGGCAUCCUCGGGGCCAGACAGACAAGAGCCCGGGAGGGAAAGCCACGAGUCUCCGAAAACUGUCUCCCUGCCACACAAUCAUGCAGAGCCCUCGACCCCACGCCAGGCCCAGCAACCAACCACUCCCCUUUCCCCUGAAGGCUGGGUGCCAACUCCUCCUCCUUCCAGGAAAACCACCUCACCUGGGGCUCACAGGAAAGCACCCCGAAGGCCAGGUGACCCGGGAGCGCCUGUGGAGCCCCCGCUGGCCCCUUCGGGAAGUGUAGUUCCCAGGACCUGUGAGCUCCCCGCCCCGCAGACCCAGCCCUGCAGCCCCCAAGCCAGGCACCCCCUGCUGGCUCUCUCCACCACCAACUACAAGAGCCAGGAACCUGGGGGGCUGCAGGAGCCUGGGGGAGGCGCCACCCUGGACGGCAGGGCAGAGAAGGGCGCCGGCCGCCAGGAGCCCGAGGCAGCCCUGGAGGACUGCAGAGACGGUGCCGGCACCGUCAGCUCCACGGGCGUCACCUUCUCCCUAGCCUUAGAGGAGCCGGAGUCCAGCCAGGAACCUGCGGGAGGCCUGCAGAGCACAGAGUCCCAUUCCGAGGGCCACGUGUCGUCCUGGGCACUACCGGGGGUCCAUGCAGGACCAGGCCUGUCCUCAGCUGCCCCUUCCGACAGGAACAAGAAAACCAGCGGCAGCAUCGCCACCCUGGGGCUGAAGAAGUUCUUCCUGGCCCUGGGCCAGGGCUCGCGGCCCAAGCUUGGCAAGUCCCGCAGCUACAGUGUGGAGCAGCUGCAGCCCCCUGCGCCUGGCCUGGCUCCCCACGCCAGCACCCCCAAAGUGAAGAGAGCCCCAUCGUUACAGUCCCUGCGUCUGGUGUCACCCUCUCACCAACAUCGGAAAGCCGCCUCCUUUCAGAACCUCCAUUCUCUGCUGAGUGGCAAAGUGGACAGGUCCAGCCUGUACCUGAUAGGGGAGCCAGGGGACCACAGUGAAUCUGGCAGGUUAGCCAAGGCCCCGCCCCAGCGUGCGCUCAGCGUGGAGGAUGUGAGUGCCCCGAGGCUGGCCCGCACCGUGGGCCGAGUGGUGGAGGUGUUCCCAGACGGCACAAGCCAGCUGCAGCUACAGCGCUCCCCAGAGGGCACUUUCGGCUUCUGCGUGGCCUCCGGGAACGGGCGCCGGGACUCAGGCUUCUACGUGCAAGAGAUGGCCGACGCAAGCACCGCCAAGCUGUACUCGGGGCUGCUGGGGGUGGGGGAUGAGAUCCUCGAGGUGAACGGGGCCAAGGUUGCCGGGCUGGGACUGGCUCACAUUAAGGAGCUCCUGGCCCAAGCAGAGAACUUGUCACUCCGAGUGCUGAGGCAGAGGCCUGCUCCGCGAUGACCCAGAGGUGCCUUGUUCCUCACUGCCACCCCGUCGGAAGCCAUGAACCGCCCCAGGGCAGAUGACUGGGAAUGCACAAAGCUGCUUGGAAGGGCAGGGUGGCAUGGGAUGCCCUCGGCUGUGGCUAGGCUUCUCUGAUUGCCACCCCCUCCAGGGGAAGAGGGGAGGAGCCUAUUUGUAUAUUUUGUUUAAGGAUGUAAUUUAUGCAGAACAAGGAAGAGAUGGGUGCCUGUGCCCAAGGCAGUGUCAGUGGCUUCCUGCCCCUCUGUUGGCAGGGGGAGGAGAGAGUUUCCUCAGGCCAUUUGGUGGGCCCCCGAGCAUCGCCUCACCUCCGGGUCCCAUCCCACUCCUCUGCAAGGGUUCCCAUGCCUCCCACACUCCAGAGCCAAAGAAAGUGCUGGGCCACAUUGGCCCGGAACCUGCCUUUUUCAGUCCCGCUCCUCCCAGCUCCCACGCCACACCUCCACGCUUUCUCUAGAAAUGGGCAAAGUGUCCCAGGGAAGCAGCCUUGCAGCCACGGACCACAUAUUCCAACCCCAAAACUGGAACGUGUGGUCUGGUGGGAGAACAUCUGGGAGAUGUCAUCUGGUAACCAGAAUACUAAGAAUUUUUAGUGAUACAUAAGGGUGAAGGAAAAAAAUGAAACAGACCAAUUUCAGGGAAGCGCAGCUGCAGCUAGUGAGACGGGCCAGACCAUCCCCACCGCCCUGCCCUCUGCCCUACCCAGAUCAAGGCUGCAGCGACCAGAGCCUGGCCACGAGGUCCUCUGUCUUCCUUCAGUUGAGCUUGGACACUUGGUGCAGCUAGUGCCAGGCUGUCCCCAGCCACAGCUCUCUGCCCGGACUCCCUGACAGCAGCUGUGGCUAGGCCAGCAGGCCAUGGGGAUGAGCUGUCCCACCUGGUCGCUUGCCCUCUCUAGGUUGGAACACUGCCUAAAGGGUUAGGACUCUGGGAGUGGAUGGCCAUGUGUCAGUUUUAAUUUAUUAAAAAGCAAAUCUGAAGCUUCUCCUA